AUGACAUCAUUACUUUGUAGUUUUACAUCAUCUUUAUCUUCAAAAUCAACACUUUCAAUUAAUGGAGAUAAUGAAGAAGAGUAUGAUUUUCAAGAAAAUAUUUCAGAGUAUAAACUUGAGAUAUUUCCAAGAAAUAGGAAUUAUAAUGAUGAAGAUCGAGAUGAUAUUAGUUUUAGAGAUGAUGCUAAACAUAAUGAAAUUGUAACAAUAUUAUUAGAAAAUAAGAAAGAAGGCAAAGCUAAGAAUAAAAAAAAAUUGAUAAUUGGAAGUGCCCCAAAAAUUCAAAUUAAAAUUCCUCAAAUUCAGCUGAAUUUAAAACCUAAAAGUAAACUACCAACGAGUUUAGAAAUAAUAUCUAGUGAAGUGACAGUACCUGUUCUUGUUAUAUCAGCUGUUGAGGAAGAAUCAAAAGACAAAAUAAAUAAUGAAGAUAUUUUGGAUGAUGGUAAUGAUCAAUUUGUUGAUGCAAAAGAAUGGGGAUCAUAA